UUUUUUUAUUAUUACUAAUUUUUCAUCAUAUAACCAACAGCAAUAAAAUAAAAGAAUCAUGAAUGAAGAAGCAGAAGAUUUUCCACAAAAUAUACGAGGUUUAAAAGGUUUACAGAAUUUAGGCAAUACAUGCUAUAUAAAUGCAACAUUACAAGCAUUAUUACAUAUACGGCCAUUACGUUUAUAUUUUACUGAAACCUAUUAUCGUCGUUUACGUUUACAAUGGGAUAAUAGUAUUGAUUCGUUAUUCCAUCAAUUUAUGAUGACAUUAUGGACAAUGCCAUCAUCAUCAUCAUCAUCAUUAAAUAAUCAUCAUCAUCAUCAUCAAUCUAAAAAUCAUUCAUCAAUGAAUGAUACAUCGACAACAACAACGGCAUCAUCUAGUAAAAAUGUAAAUUAUGCACAAGAUUCAUUGGUCAUUCUACGAGCAUUAGUAUCAUUCAUUUGGAAAAGAUAUUCAUUUUUUAGUCCAGGUGAUCAACAUGAUUCGCAAGAAUUUCUUCAAUGUUUACUUGGUGAUUUACAUGAUGCAUUGAAGAUACCAUUCUAUCCUGAAUCUCAAUUUUUACAUUAUAAAUUAAGAAAUUGUGAUUAUCAACUUAGAAAAUUGGCUAAAUAUCUAAUUGAACACGAUUUUGAUUGCAAUGAAUAUGAUGCUGAUCAUGAAUAUUAUAAAAAAAUUGACGAAUUCAUACAACAAUCACGAUUAGUUAAUUAUUAUCAUUCAAAAAAUUAUCAGCCAAUUACAUCAAUGGAUAAUCAACACGACAUAUCAAUUGAUCAUGAUGGUGAUCAUACGGAUGAACCAAUUUUAUAUAAUUUAUUCAAUCAAAAUCCGUCCCAUAAUCAAGACAAUGAUCAUAAUUGUAAUUCUAAUUCUAAUCAUGGUGAUCAUCAACAUCUUAAAUAUCGUAGCAUUAUAAGUGAUUUAUUUGCCGGUGAAUUAGAGAACACUAUACGUUGUACAAAUUGUGGCCGUACAUCAAUUUUAACGGAAACAUUUCUUAAUCUUUCUAUACCGAUUACGGCUAUUGAUCGUGCUAUACAAAGUAAAAUACAAAAUUCAAUGGUUUUUCCCAAUAUACGAUUAAGCGUUCCAUUCAAUAAUCAACAACAACAACAACAUCAAUCGGCGACAAAUCAAUCAUCAUUGAUUGAAAAAUCAUUAAAUUAUGCAUUUGAAACAAUACGUUUCUAUUAUGAUUAUCUAUGGAAUUGGUUCGAUUGGUUUAUGUCAUUUUUAUCAAAUCCAUCUGUAGAUCUAAUGGAUUGUUUGGAAACAUUUUUCAAUCCUGAAUUAUUGGAAAAUGAAAAUCGUUAUCAUUGUGAUAAUUGUAAAAAAUUAUGUAAUGGCAUCAAAUGUAUACGUAUCAAACGAUUGCCAGAAAUAUUGAUCGUACAUCUUAAUCGUUAUCAAAAUGUUAAUUCCGUCGUGCGUAAAAUAACAUCACAAUUAACAUUUCCAUUGAAUGAUUUUUCAUUGAAAUCAUUUCUAUCGGAAACUACGACCAAUGUAACAUAUUCGGCCGAUGCACAAUAUGAUUUAGUUGCCGUUGUUUGUCAUAAUGGUACACAAGUUACGAAUGGCCAUUAUAUUUGUUAUGCAUUGAAUGAAAUCAAUUUAGAUUGGUAUGAAUUUGAUGAUACAUAUGUAACAUAUGUAAGUAAAGAUCGUAUAUUAUCGAUGGCAUCCAGUGCAUACAUCUUGUUCUAUCAACGUGUGGAUCCAAAAUCAAUAAUGACCCGUACCAUGAAUAUUAUUUAUGAUAUUGAACAUCGUUGGAUGGAAUCCUGUACAGAUAAUUCAUAUCUAAAACGUUUGAAUUUAAAUCUUCAAGAUUAUUAUUUCUUCACUACACAAUCAUCAUCAUCAUCAUCAUCAUAUAAAGUAAAUGUUGAUGAUGCAUUUAUUAAUCUGAAAAGUGUUCCAUUAAGUAAACAAUGGUUAAUGGCAUUUCAAUCAUUACAAUAUCCUGGUCCUAUCGAUAAUUCUGAUAUAUUCUGUAUACAUGGACUAAUACGUCCAACUGAAUAUUUAUUUUUCAAUAAUUUAUCAUUACCAGUUAUUGAACCAGUUGGACAAUUUUUAUGGCUUUUAUAUGGUGGUGGGCCAUUGUUUCGUUGUUCCGGUUUUAUUGAAAAUCGAAAUAAUGAACAACAACAGCAGCAACAAUAUGCCGUAUGUUUACAAUGUAGUUCAUUAUUAGAUAUGUAUGAUGAACGUCGUAAAAGUGAAUUUAAUGAAUUUAUUCAAUUACAAUCAAUGCAUGUACACAUGUUUCGUAAAUUGAAAUUGAAAACAAGUGAAUUGACAAUUAUUAUUGAUAAAUGUAAUGAUCAAAAUCAUCAAACGAAAUCGAAAAAAUCAUCAAUUGAAAUGAAAAUGUUGGAUACAAUGAUGAUGACAAUUGAUGAUGAACAAUCAGCAUAUUAUUAUCUAAUCUCGGCUGAAUGGAUUAUAAAAUGGUUAAGUUUUGUUAAUGUACGUUUUGAUCAAUCAACUGUAACGGCACGUGAUCGACAAUUAUUUAGUCAUUAUGAACAGAUAUUUAAAAAACAAGAAGAAAGACAACAAAAUCCACAACCAUAUGAUGAACAAUAUCAUCGUAUGAUUUAUUUACGUACAAAGACUAUUCAUCCACCAUUAGCAUCAUUAUUACGUUCAAUAAUGAAUACAAUGAAUAAAAAUCAAUUUCAGAUCGAUACAGAAGAUAUGUUGAAACAGAUUGAUCUGGAUCUACAUACGGUAUUACCACCUGGUCCUAUUGAUAAUUGGUCAAUAUUUGGUAUAAAAAGAAAAAUUUUAACCGAAAACCGUAAUCGUGAAAAUAUGAAUAAUAAAGAUCCACUAAAACAAAAAUCAAUGACAAUCGAUAUGGCAACUAAAUAUGAUGAUCUUUGUAAAUUGUUUGCCGAAAUUCUUGCCGGUCAAUCAUCAGCGAAUGAUUUUGUUUCAAAUAAUAAUGUUGAAUAUUCAUCUGAUAAUCAAACGAUAAAAUGUCAAUAUCGAUUUGCAUUCCAUUCACGUUAUGGUGGCUUAUAUGAAGAGAAUAGUUCAUGUGUAUUCUAUUUAGUAUCCAGUGAUUAUUGGAAUCUUUUCUCACAGACCUAUGGUGGUGGUCCAACAAUUCGUUUUAAUUAUUUAUUGAAUAAAUUUGAAGCCAAUAUCACUGUGAAUGAUAUUGAAUUUUUUAUACGUGAACAUUAUCGUAGCCGUCAAACAAUGGUCAAUAAUAAUGGUGAUAAUGAUAAUAAUAAUGAUCAUGAUGAUGGUCAUUCAGAAACAGAAAAUAAUGAUUCAUCAUGGACCAUUGAUGGAAUCUAG